GGGGCCAGGCUGAGGCUCGCUGGCCGCCCCUGCCGCUGUCCGGACCUCGGCCUCGGGGGCUGGCGGUCCGCAGGGACAGGAGGAUCAGCCGGUCGCCGCAGGGCCCGCCGGAGACGCUGUCCCGGAGCCACAACAGGUGCCCCGCGGGGGCGCCACGGGCAUUUUGCCGCGGACGCAGGCGACCCCCGCCAGGUCCCGCCGGCCGCCAAAGCCGGCCCGCACCCGCCGUCGGGGCGGUCCCGCCCGGCCCAGGGCGCCCCGGAGCACCUGCGCCCGCCCGGCGUGCGCCCCGCCAUGGCCGCGCGCCCCGGGCCGCUCUGGCUCCUGGGCCUGGCGCUGUGCGCGCUGGGCAGCAGCCCCGGCCCGCGCCCCCCGCACGGUUGUUCUCAGCGUCGACUGGGCGCGCGCGAGCGCCGCGACAUGCAGCGCGAGAUCCUGGCGGUGCUCGGGCUUCCCGGGCGACCGCGGCUUCGCGCGUUGCCUGCAGCCGCUAGACUGCCCGCGUCCGCGCCGCUCUUCAUGCUGGACCUCUACCACGCCAUGGCCGGCGACGACGACGAGGAUGCCGGGCCCCCGGGGCGGCGUCUGGGCCGCGCCGACCUGGUCAUGAGCUUCGUCAACAUGGUGGAGCAUGACCAUUCCCUGGGCCACCAGGAACCCCACUGGAAGGAGUUCCACUUCGAUUUGAUGCAGAUUCCGGCAGGAGAGGCAGUCACGGCUGCCGAGUUCCGGAUUUAUAAGGUGCCCAGCACCCACCCACUCAACACGACUCUACAUGUCAGCGUGUUCGAGGUGGUUCGGGAGCGCUCCAACAGGGAGUCUGACUUGUUCUUUUUGGAUCUUCAGACCCUCAGAGCAGGAGACGAGGGCUGGCUGGUGCUGGACGUCACGGCAGCCAGUGAUCGCUGGUUGUUGAACCGUAACAAGGACCUGGGACUCCGCCUCCAUGUGGAAACCUUGGAUGGGCACAGCGUGGACCCGGGUCUGGCCGGUCUGCUGGGGCAACGGGCACCACGCUCCAGACAACCUUUCAUGGUCACCUUCUUCAGGGCCAGCCCGAGUCCCAUCCGUGCCCCUCGUGCAGUGCGGCCCCUGAAGAGGAGGCAACCAAAGAAAACCAACGAGCUGCCACACCCCAACAGACUCCCGGGGAUCUUUGAUGACAUCCAUGGCUCCCAUGGCCAACAGGUUUGCCGGCGGCAUGAGCUCUACGUCAGCUUCCGGGACCUGGGCUGGCUGGACUGGGUCAUCGCCCCCCAAGGCUACUCAGCCUACUACUGUGAGGGAGAGUGUGCCUUUCCGCUGGACUCCUGCAUGAACGCCACCAACCACGCCAUCCUGCAGUCCCUGGUGCAUCUGAUGAAGCCUGAUGCAGUCCCCAAGGCGUGCUGUGCACCCACCAAACUGAGUGCCACCUCUGUGCUCUACUAUGACAGCAGCAACAACGUCAUCCUGCGGAAGCACCGCAACAUGGUGGUCAAGGCCUGUGGCUGCCACUGAGGACUGCCCUCCUGUUCCGCUGCAGCUGUCUCUCCCUGACCAGGACCCUCUGCACAGGCAAGAAACCCUUAAACCCAACCACACAUAAGGCAGGGUUGGCAUGCAGGGCCUUCAGACCUGUGUCCCUGCCUCGUCAUCCUCCUCAGAGAUAAUGCUUGGGCCUCUCCAGGGCCUGUGCUCAACUCUCCUGCCAUGGAAUGGUCAGAUGGCCUUAUCUCCAACCAUGGUGGUCUGAGUCCUGGGGCAGCAGUUCAUCCCGUCACCUCUAGGCUGUGGGCAGAUGUGUGAGAGGUACCUGGAGCUCUAGAUUGGCCAUCUUGGGCUCUUUCAUGUCCAGUAUAGAGUUAGAAAUGUGUGAGAAGCGUCUGGUCCAGUCAUUCUUUACCUGCUUGCCUCUCCCACAUGCAACACUGGCCGUUUCUAGAGAAUGAUGAAAAGCAUGGACUUUACCUCAGUGCCUAUUUAUAUAUCUGAAUUACCAAACCUCUGACCACAGGCAUGUGGGUCAGCUCAAGAAAAAGAUGCUUUGUGCCUGCCUCUGCUGCCUAUAGAAAAUGUACAUGGAUGGACAUUUUGCUUUCGAGAAACAGAAAAAUCAUGGAGGCUUCCAGAGAACUCAUCUGUUUGCUGCCAUGUUCACCUGUUAGUUGAAGCUUGUGGGGAAGUGGGGAAGUUUCUUUUACACAUAAGGUGAUUGCACCGAGUGGCCCAUGAUGCCAAUGGCCAGCACAGAUGCCAUCUCCCCUUUUCUUCUGCAUGGCAAACAUCAAUAAUCAAUCCUGAUUUUUUUUUUUUCUGAGUCUGAAUUUCCAAAUGAUCCCACAACUCCAGGCAGGACUUCGGGACUCCAAAGUUGGCAUGUGAAGCAAGAACUGUUUGCCAUUUUCUGCAAUGCAUAAAUGCAACCUGUAUUUCUAGAGAUGUAUCUGCAAUGCCAGGGAGCCUGUGAGCAGGUCUGGGUCCAGCCAGCAGCUUGGCAGCACUGCUUGUGUUGUCAGAAAUGAGCUGAUUACCAAAGUCUGCAUCACCCUGGGUGUCCAGCAGCUCUGUCCCAUUUCUUGCACCUGUGAGUCAAAGAAUAACGCCCCCUCCAAUCCCAGGGGAGUCACAGGGACUAAUUGGCUGGGUUGGGUGAGGAUCUUUGUCUCAGCCUCUCUUCUGUUUCUGGAAACCACUGUUCUCCUUAGAGCAGCUGCUGGGAGUUGCAGUGUUUGGUUUCAGAUGGCUCAGCCUGUAAUUUACCUGCUGAACAGACGAAGUACAGCUACCUGAACUGUGUCAUUAAGAACAGGUCCUGGACCCGCCCCUGUCCCACACCCAGCCUCAACAGACCCACCUGUGAGCCCUGGGAUACACAUCUCUGGGGUUCAGGCUCUGUUCCUUGUGGAUGGGUCUUGGGAAGGGGAGGUGUGGCAGCAGGGGAUAGGCUGGGGCCACGCUGCAGGACAGCAACCCCAAGAAUAAUCUCCCUUGGCAUUACCCUCUCACAAAUGGAAAGGUGGGCCCAGACAGUCUGGAAGUUUCCCUGUCAGCUGGGGAUCCAGCUCUGGGCUGGAUAUAAGGAGAUCUGACUUGAUCUGGACCUUUUCCCCUAACAUGCGGGAGUUGGACUUCAUGGUUUCCAAAGGACCUUCAGUCAAGGAAUCUGGUCACCCAGACUGCAGGACAAUGGGCUGGGAUAUAGCCUUAGGGCCCUGCAUGUGGAGCCCACCCUUGUCUCUGCCAGCUGGCAGGUAACAAAAGACCUAUUUGCUAUUCUAGCACUUUGCUAACAAUCUUCUCAACAUCAAGGAUUAUCUGUUAGCUCAAUCAACCAACUAUUCUGACAACUGACUUUUUUACUUCUAAUAACUUUAGUGCCCAUCCAAUGAUCUGGCAUACCAUAGGUGGCACCAGGGACCCAGAGGUUUGUACGCACGGACCAGACCUUAACCUAUCAAGCCACAUAGCAGGUAUGGAUAGCAGUUGCCAUCCUCAUUCAGAAUAAAUGAAAAAACAAGACAUCAUCUAAUUAUCUUGCCAUCAGACUUCUAUUAAUUUUUGCACCCAGAUGGUCACAAAAGGAAAUCAAAUAGAAAAAUCCCUGAACAGCAAAAGCCCAUGUGUCUGACUGUAGUUGUUUGCUGAGCCAAGAAUGGCAGCUGCACUGAGCAGCCCGCCUGGCAACACCCAUGGCACUGUUUCCCCUUUCGUUGCUGAGUCAGCCUCUUUACCUGGUUGUCCCACACUAAGUUAAACCAGAGUGGUCAGUUCAUAUCCCCUGACAGCUGAUAGGAAGACACAAAAUUAGAAGUGCCUGGCACUGUAAUACUCACCUUGGGCCACAGCCUCAGAGGACUGGUAUUCACUGCCUUCUAAGAAAGUAACGUGUUCCUCAAAAACUCCUAAGCCAAGAAAACAAUCAGUGCAGCCAGUCUUUGUUUGUUUGUAGAUAGGGUCUCACUAUGUUGCCCAGGCUAGCUUUGAAGUUGUAGUGGUCCUCCUGCCUCAGCCUCCUGAGUACUGGGAUUAUGGGCAUGACCACUCUGCCCAGGAAAAUGUCCAGAUGGCUUUGAUCCAAGUUCUGCUUUUUCCCUCUGGAAAGUAGGCUAUUGGUUCUUCCCUCCUGUAAGUACUAUAAUUAAAUGUGUGCAAGCACUUGGGCCAUCUGACAAAUACACAGUAACUGUGGUCAUUAUUACAAGAUUUGCUCAUUUGGGACCACCUCUGUGCCUGUCCAUUAAACCAAAAUAUGUUUCACAAGUAAUGGUAUACUUAUUUUAAGGCUGUGUUUUUUUCUAAAACAUGCAACCUGGCUUUCCUUAGCGCGCAGGACCUCACCACCUUUACAGGCCCGAUGAGUGUCUGGUAGGCAGGCUGUGAAACUGUGUUUGUUUCCAUAUCCCAGUGUACUGUGGAUCAUCCACAUCCACACUCACAGGGCAAUGUGGAUGUGGGAAUUGACCACCCAGGGUCUGACCAGUGAGAGACUUUAUGCAAGCACUUGGACUUUUUUUUCAUUUAUUAAAAUACAGUUUUGGAGGAAUGUGGAUAAUACAAAAAUAAAAUAUAAUUCAAAUCACCAUAGUCCUAUGACUCAGGAUAAAUAUAUCUAAUAUUUUUAUCACUUUAUUUCUAGGUUUUCUUAAAAUA